AACGUAAAUUGCAACAGCUGAAAUUACCAAAAUGUCUGUUGUCCGUUGACGCUGCUUUUAGCGUUUUCUGAGGGUAAUUUCGAAAUUAACGCAGCAUUGUUAAUUCUACUGUCGAUACUUUAAAAAUGUGCUCGUAAUCUUAGAUACUAAUUUAUUUCCGGUGGGAUACAUAAUUCAAACAUUCGCAACCCGCGUUUUGAAGUGUCUUGUUUUACUCGUUAUUGUUUACGGACUUAGCGGGGGCAAUGGCAUCAUUUCGAAUUCACGAAGAUCAAGAAAAUGCUGCGUUAGGAAUAAGAAAAGAUGCCGAAGUAUUUACAGGGAACACACAACGGCGUGCUCUGGGUGAUCUCAGUCAGUUCGCUUGUAAUCAAAACCGGAACAUUAAACUUGCCGGGUUGACGAAUGGACCGUGCAAAGUUCAAGAUGAGAACAGGACGGUACGGCAGAUCAAAAAUGAAAAGAACAUUGUGCUUCCCGUAGCUCAGUUUCGCGCGUUUAGUGUGUACGAAGACAAGAAUUCCGAAGCAGAUGUUAAGAAAAAGGAGCCAACUUAUAAACCUUUCGCUGCAAAAGAGAUCAAGAAAGACAAUAUUUUUACCAAUAACUCUGAAAAUGUUAAAGGUCUUUGUCCCCAAAUUGAAAAACAACCAGACCGGCCAAAAGAACCAGAUGCGUCAAGGGUUCUUCAAGAGAAAAAAGAUGUGGCACAAGAAAAGAAAGAUGUGAUAGAAUCUCCAAUGUCCAUAGUGGACUCGAGUAUUCUGUCUUGUAUGUCUAUAUCAAAGAAUGAGAGCCAGAUCCUUGAGGAGACCCUUAAUGAUGAAGAUGCCGCAACUGCACAGACUGAUCGGGAGAUGUUCUUCCAUGUUGUGGAAUAUCGGAAUGAUAUUUAUGAAUACAUGAGGGAAAUAGAGGUAAAGAACAGAGCAAACCCUCGCUACAUGCGCAAGCAGCCAGAUAUAACGCACAUGAUGAGGUCUAUCCUGAUUGACUGGCUUGUAGAAGUUUGUGAUGAGUAUGGACAACAGAGUGAGACACUGCAUCUUGCGGUGUCCUAUGUUGACCGCUUCCUGUCUUAUAUGAGUGUUGUACGCACUAAACUACAGUUAGUGGGAACAGCCGCAACUUAUAUUGCAGCUAAAUACGAGGAGGUGUACCCUCCCGAGGUGUCGGAGUUCGUGUACAUAACGGACGACACGUACACGCGGCGCGACGUCCUACGCAUGGAGCACCUCAUACUGAAGGUGCUCUCCUACUCGCUGGCGCAGCUGGAGCCCUGCCUGCGCGAGCUGGCGCGCACGCACGCGCACGCGCAGCACCAGCCCUACAGAGCUAUACCAGACAAGUAUAAGAGCAACAAAUUCGACGCCGUGUCGACGAUAGAAGCGAAGCCCUUGUUCCCCGUCGGUAAGUACCAGCCCGCGGCCGCCGCGCCGCGCCCCGCCGCAGACAGCGCCGCGCGCAGCUAGUGCCCGCUACACCUACACCUACACCUACACCUACAUACAUAGCUCAUACACGUCUCAUACAUGCAUCUCAUACAUCUCACACACACACUUGAACCGCAUUUUACAUUAAGUUUACGAAAGUACAUUAUUAUUUUGUAGGAUUUUUUAAAAAGCAAAUGCAAAUAUUGUCAUUUAGAUAUAUUAUUAAUUGUAUUUUUAAUGUUAACUGUGACCUCGGCAUUUAUGUGUAUUUAGUUAAAACAAUUUCAUUCCUCAGAUAUUCAAUAUACUUGUAAUAAAAUUUAAUAUACAAUUUAAUUUUAAUAUCGAAUAUAAGACUGUUUCGUCAUUUAGAAUUCAAAAUAAAUAUAAAAAGGAGGAUUAUACUCAUAUUCAAGAUUCAAUUAAAUAAAAAGAGGUAAGUAAAAACAUAAUAAUGAAUUUAAAAGCAUUUGCAAAAAGAUGUAACGGACAGAAAGAUUUAAUUGAAACGCAUUUUUAGACAAUUAGAAUGAUAUUUUGUGCGAGUUUAGUUAUUGUAAUAUUAACUGUUUCCUUUGGAAAUAAAAUACUAUUUUUGUGUAUGUGUAUAUUUAUAAGUAAAUUUUAAGUUGUGGACUGUUAUAUUGUGGCCAAUUUCAAUUAAAUGUUUCAGAUUUACAGUUUUCAACUAUUUUGACUAGUUUAGGUUUUCAAGAAUUGUUUUUAACACUUAUAGAUAUGUAUUUCCAAAUAUUGUGUUCAUUUAAUUAAUGUGAAAUAGCUUAACAUCUUGACUCAGAAGUUUAUCCGACUAAUUGAUAUAUUUUAGUAUAGUUUCUGUAAUUUUAUUCCGAAGACCAAGACAUGUAUGUGAUAUGUUUAAUAACUAAAUUUAUAUAUGUGCAAGAAACAAUGACCAUAAAUUAAAUGCACUCUAUUUCUAUAGUAUUGUUUUGUAUUCUGAAAUCUGUGUGUAAUCUGUUAGCGAGGUGCAACUUUGGUGCAAGCCUUUUCUGAUGCCCGAUUAAUGUCAAUUUUUGUUAGUAAAUUAUUAUUUUUGAGAUAUAAGGUACGUUUUUAAUGUUAAUAAUUAGUUUUAAUGUAAUUUAAUAUAAUCGAUAUUUUUCUCCGAUUUGCUAAUGGAGGGUAAGUACGAAUACCUUUUUUGGUGAAUAAAGUAUUUAAAAAUUGA